UAAAAGUAAAUUUAAAAAAAAAACAGAAAAUUUGGUUAAAAAGUAAAAACUAAAGCAAAUGUGACACUUGAAAGCGAUCUAAAGAGUGUUGAAUUGUGGUAUUAAAGUGAGACCAAAACCAUGGCUUAUUGGCCACCUUUCUAAAAUCAAAAGAAUCUAUUUCCCACCAACUCCGGAUUUAAGGAUCAUGCUAUUUGCUAAUAUAAUCAAAUCAUGUAAAAUGUUGAAAUGAUUAUCUUAUGAGAAAAAGUUUGACGUCACAACUGUAUAUUUAUCACUAUCAAUUUUUGGAUUAAGCGAGAAAAGUCAUCACAUUAACUUAUUUUUAUUUUGUUCAAGAACAGUUACAUCUUUGUCUCUUGUGCUGGACCCAACCAUCAUAAUACCAGAAAUGACUAUGGAGAGAGAUUGAAAGAGAAGAAACUCUCUCUCUCUCUCAGCUUCUCUCUGCUCUCUCUCACUCAAAGAUACAAAGCUUUUGGUGUUGUUCUGAUCUCCAAUGUUGUCAUCAGCAAAACAUAAAAUCAACCAUAGUGAUUUUUCAGUUUCCUCAUCUUCAUCUUCAUUACCUCAUUCAUAUUCACAAGCCAAGAACAUGACUCAAGUCACCAUGGAAGAGGUAUGGAAAGAUAUCAACCUUGCUUCCCUACACCAACAUCGCCAGCUAAACAUUGAUCAUGAGCCAAUGUUGAGCAACCAAAACCCUAAUAACUCCAUCUUCAAAGAUUUCCUCAACAAGCCUUUGAAUCAAGAACCCCAACCACUACCACCUUCUUCUUCUUCAUCCACUCUCCACCGCUCUCUUCUUCCUCCUCCUCCUCCUGAAACUGUUCUCAGUUUAAACCCUCACUCCAUUAACACCCACUUUGAUGAAUCUGCGAGGUUUGGUUGUUUUGGGAAGAAAAGAGGAGGCCAAGAAUCUGAUGAAAGCAGAGGAGACAGAAGGCAUAAGCGUAUGAUCAAGAACAGAGAAUCUGCUGCUCGUUCCAGGGCUAGGAAACAGGCAUAUACAAACGAGCUGGAGCUUGCAAUAUCUCACUUGCAGAAGGAAAAUGCAAGACUCAAGAGACAAGAAGAGCAGUUGAAAAUGGCGGAAGCAACUCAACACCAAACAAAGAGAAAGCUUCAACGGUCUUGGACAACUCCAUUUUGAGAAAAAGACAUCCAAGUCAUGUCAUGGAGAAGAGAAGCAUGGAUAAUAUGUACAUUCUUAGCUUAAGGUAAAUCUGUGGAUGUAGUAGUUUUGGGGAGUGUAGUAACGAACUUUCAUUCGUCUUGUGUCGUUUUCCUAUCAAACCUUUUUGACUUGUGUACUAUUUUUCUACUUAACAUAUGCCUACUUUUUCACUGGUUAA